AACUCGGUUCUGACUAUUUUCCCUGUUUUAAGAUUAUGAGCGACCAAGAGGAUGUUAAUCCCUCAGCAGGGACUGAGGAAGAUGUUAAUCGAGCUAUCCUCUCGAAUAUUAAACUUCUAAAUGAAAAUAUGGCGCAUUUGAGCGACUACAUGACUGGUCGCGAAGAGGAACCUUACGAGGAACCUUAUUACGAAGAGAGCGAAUCCAUUGAUGAUUACUCUUCGGUCGUCUCUAUCCAAAAUGAUUUGGACAAAAUAUCAAAGGCUAACAACGCUGAGGACAUUGGAGAGGCGGCGAAAGAGAAUGUUUUAGCCAGUUAUUCAAGUCAGUUGGACUUGGAUAUUGAACACAAGGCACCGAAGGUUGGUGACGACAUUGCUAAUGUAGUAAACAAGCUUUGUUUACAUAGAAUAAGUGCAGAGCAGUGCAAGGCAAUAAUCAAACGUCAUCAUACACCAGAAAAUGUGAAAGUUCGCUUACCCAAAUGUGAGAACAGUAUUUGGACUCAAUUACCAACUCACACUAGAGCAAAUGAUGCAAAGUUACAAGCAACACAACAGAUGCUUCUUGCCACGAUUAAUUGUCAAUUAGAAGUAACAAACAAGUUGGUUGAUUCCAAAGCCUCAAAGGAUUUAUUGACUCCCGCUUUGGAUGGGCUAACAUUGGCUAUGACUGCCAACUAUGAGAUAAACCAGCGUCGUAGAGAUGCAAUCAAGCCACAGUUUAAGACAGAAUUUGCCAAGGGACUAUGUUCCUCUACUAACCCUGCUGAUGAAUUCCUCUUUGGAGGAGAUACAACAAAGCGUGUCAAGGAGAUUGCUGAGUUACAGAAAAGCAAANAUACUCGAGAGGAUAUCGCAGAGGUAGAGGAAGAGUAG